AUGAUGAUGACGGAACUCAAAAAACUUUACGUCGGUUCGCUGAGAUUGACUGCCGGCUGCCGGAAACUGGGCAUCGGCCUGAUGCGUGUCGCUAUCUUCGUGAUCUUCGUCUGGAUCGGCGGCCUGAAAUUUUGGAAUUACGAGGCCGAAGGGAUCGUCCCUUUCGUCGCCAACAGCCCUUUCAUGAGCUUCUUCUAUACGAAAUCCGCGCCCGAAUACAGGGAUUACAAGCUCCGCGAGGGCGAAUUCGACCCGGCUAAACGCGACUGGCAUACGGCGAACAAUACGUACGGGUUCUCGCGCGGACUGGGCGUCCUGAUUAUGGGGAUCGGGGCGAAAGCGGCGGCCAUGCGCCUCGAACUUCCGUUCGACCGGAAAAAAGAGUUUUACCGCCGGGCCGUCGCGGUCAAGGAAGAGGUCGUUUCGUCGUUGCGCGACCGGAAUUACCACAACCUGGCCGACCGUCCGGGGGAUCGCGGUCUAUACCGGCGUCGGCUCGUUCGUCUCCCGGACGAGGUUUCGGUGGAGGGCGCGGAAGGCAGGCAGGUGCUGAAAGCGAAAUACAUCUUUAUCGAUACCGGGGCCGAGACCGUCCUGCCGCCGAUCGACGGGCUGUCUGCGAGCCGUUUCGUCCAUACGAGCGCGUCGAUCAUGGAGCUGAAGGAGUUGCCGCGCCGGCUGGCGAUCGUGGGCGGCGGGUACAUCGGGCUCGAAUUCGCCUCCAUGUACGCCUCUUUCGGCUCGGAAGUGACGGUGUUCGAAGGGGGGCCUGUGCUGAUGCCGAGGGAAGACCGGGAUGUCGCCGACAGCGUCCGGGAGACUCUUGAGAAAAAGGGGACGUUUUCCGAACGGGCGCCGACGUAUUCUGCCGGCGUAAAGGUCGAUUCGCGCGGGGCCGUCAUCGUGGACGAUCGGCUGAGGACGUCCAAUCCGAAUAUCCGCGCGAUCGGCGAUGUGAAGGGGGGACUCCAGUUCACUUACAUUUCGCUGGACGAUUACCGGAUUAUCCGGGACGACCUGUUCGGCGCGGCGGUGCGGAAAACCGGCGACCGCAAUCCGGUGGCCUACUCCGUAUUCAUCGACCCGCCGUUGUCGCACAUCGGCAUUACCGAAAAGACGGCCCGCGGAACAACCUGGAUGUCCGGGUCAAACGGAUAG